AUGUCUUCAACCGUACCCCCCACUGCAGCUUCUUCAGCUUCUUGCUCCUCUGUCAAAAAGAUCACGAGUGCAAGUGUUCACCUGGGACUUGUACAUGCCCUGGAUGUCCUGUUCAUGAGAAACAGGAGAAAGAGAAGCCAUGCACCUGCCAACCUGAAUGUAAAUGCGCUCCAGGCAAAUGCGAGUGCGGAUCGUGCCCUAACUCCAACAAGAACAAGAAUAAGGCUUGCGGAUGCGGUGAAACCUGUACAUGCCCACCUGGUCAAUGUACCUGCGCCAACUGUCCUGCCAAGGCCAAGAAGGAAGAAUCGAAAGGUUGCUCAUGUGGCGACUCGUGCAGCUGUCCUCCAGGUGAAUGUACCUGCGAUAACUGUCCUUCCAGCUCUUAAGUAG